UCUGAAAACUGUCUCUAGAACAUUAGUCUUUGAGUACGGUAUGUUCGAGUGUUUUCCUUCUGUGGGUACGACACUUCAUAUAAAGCUACAGACAUUGGAAUGACAGCGCAUAGCAAACGAUUUGGGAAUGUGGUGCUUGCAGUUGCCUGGUCUCAAUGACCAUCUACAAUUUACACCCUCCGCGCAAGUCUGGUCAUCGACAUUUUGCUAAUACAAGGAAAACAUUUCAGACCUCUCGUGCGUGGCAACGUUUGCCACCAUUGCAUUGGCUAGCAACAGGUAAGCUGAAUCCAUUUGCGGCACACAAGGCAGGGAAUGUGCACAUUUAGCUAUUUAGGCAGCUAGUGUAGGUUAACUGUGCUAGUUAGCGAUAUACCUUACCUGUGAAUAUCUGUCUUGAUUAACAGCCAGUUAGCAUGCAGGCACUGCCUUGCUGCAUGCUGAUAGCUGAACUAGCUAGCUAGCUACUCUGUCAGAGAAGAUUCCAGUUUAUCUCACCUGCAAUGAAAUAAUUUAGCAGGUAGCUGAACCUGGACUUAUAAUCGUGAAAACAAGACACAACUGAUACGUCAGUGUCAUUUUAACUGGCGUCUAUCACACGUGAGAUAAGAACCUGACUACGCUGCAGUGAAGAUUAUGUUCCAGGCCUUUCUAGGGGAUACUAAGUACGUUGUUAGAGAAUAACCGCACACCUCCAGCGUUGUGAGAAGGCUGUUUAUAUUAAUAUAGUCAUAUACAACACUAUAUAAACGUCACACAUUCAUAUAAGUAAACAAUAAGACAUCAUCGCUCAUAAAUAUUCCCCAUCAGAUCAUAAAAUAGUGAUUUAAACAUUCCUCAUCAGUAAAGGGUGGGGCAUUUAUUCUUCUGCGGAAGUAGUCUACUAAAUGCGGGCUGUUACAGAAGUGAGUGAAUUAUAGGAUUAGUAGGGUAUUAAUCAACCCCAGGUUAAAAAUGGAGGUAUCCUCACUGUCGCUGAUUUGAAGGGUUAAUUUAGUAGACUGCACAGGAUGAUAUCGCAGUCAGUCACACAAACACCAUACUCUGGAAUGCUGUUCUGUGGUCAUUCAAUCUGUUGUGUAAUGUGACAGUAUUUACAAGACUAUUUCAGUCUGUUCCGGUGCUUUCCAUCACAGAUUCCCCAGUCACAGAUGGCCAAGUGUACACAACUUGAUAUCAGGACUUCCUUGCCACAACAUACAGUGCUAUGAAAAAGUAUUUGUCCCCUUUCAAAUGUUCUCUACUUUUGCAUAUUUGUGAUACUGAAUGUUAUCAUAUCUUCAACCAAAACCUAAUAUUAGAUAAAGGGAACAUAAGUGAACAAAUAACACAACAAUUACAUAUUUAUUUCAUAAACAAAGUUAUGCAACACCCAAUUCCCCUGUGUGAAAAAGUAAUUGCCCCCCUUACACUCAAUAACUGGUUGUGGCACCUUUAGCUGCAAUAACUCCAAUCAAAUGCUUCCUGUAGUUGUUGAUCAGUCUCUCACGUCGCUGUAGACCACUCUUCCAUGCAGAACUGCUUUAACUCAGUGACGUGUGGGUUUUCAAGCAUGAACUGCUCAUUUCAAGUCCUGCCGCAACAUCUCAAUUGGGAUUAGGUCUGGACUUUGACUAGGCCAUUUCAAAACUUCCAAUUUGUUGCUUUUUAGCAAUUUUCAUGUAGACUUGAUUGUGUGUUUUGGAUCAUUGUCUUGCUGCAUGACCCAGCUGCGCUUCAACUUCAGCUCACAGACGGAUGGUCUGACAUUCUCCUGUAGAAUUCUCUGAUACAGAGCAGAGUUCUGUUCUUCCUUCUAUUAAGGCAAGUCGUCCAGGUCCUGAGGCAGCAAAGCAUCCCCAAACCAUCACACCACCACCACCAUGCUUGACCUUUGGUAUGAUGUUCUUACUGUGGAAUGCAGAGUUUGGUUUUCGCCAGGCAUAAUGGGACCCAUCUCGUCCAAAAAGUUGACUCAAGUUUGCCAAAAAGCACCUGGAUGAUCAUCAAGACUCUUGGAAGAACGUUCUAUGGACAGAUGAUUCAAAAGUAUAACUUUUUGGACGACAUGGUUCCAGGAUGCUUUGCUGCCUCAGGACCUGGAUGACUUGCCUUAAUAGAAGGAACCAUGAAUUCUGCUCUGUAUCAGAGAAUUCUACAGGAGAAUGUCAGACCAUCCGUCUGUGAGCUGAAGCUGAAGCGCAGCUGGGUCAUGCAGCAAGACAAUAAUCCAAAACACACAAUCAAGUCUACCUGAAAAUAGCUAAAAAGCAACAAAUUGGAAGUUUUGGAAUGGCCAGACCUAAUCCCAAUUGAGAUGUUGUGGCAGGACUUGAAACGAGCAGUUUAUGCUUGAAAACCCACACGUCACUGAGUUAAAGCAGUUCCUCAUGGAAGAGUGGGCCAAAAUUCCUCCACAGUGACAUGAGACUGAUCAACAACUACAGGAAGCAUUUGGUUGGAGUCAGUGCAGCUAAAGGUGGCACAAACAGUUAUUGAGUGUAAGGGGGCAAUUACUUUUUCACACAGGGGAAUUGGGUGUUGCAUAACUUUGUUUAUGAAAUAAAAGGCAAAUACUUUUUCAUAGCACUGUAGGCAUUUUUGGAUGCUGACAAUUUUGUGGUCAGUAACAGACCUCAUCAUGUGAUUUCCUAGAUGUCUCCUCUUAUUUGACUCUUAAAUAUUUGUAUCAUCCUUUCACAGGGACUGUGAUCCUGUUGACCUGGUCCACACCAGGAGUGGGGCCAGAGGGGGGCAUUGGCAAUGCUGUGUUGGGGAAAUGCUUCCUUCGGUCAGCUAGGCUUGGGCGGGAUCGAUGAGGAGAUUGUGGUGGAGCCCCGGAAAUGUGAUUUCUUUCACGGGAAGGAGGUGUGCGAUAUAGGAUGUGGCCGACGGCACACCACAUUUCUACUGGGAGACGGGACUGUGUACACCUGUGGCUGCAAUGACAUUGGGCAGCUGGGGCACGAGAAGUCUCGGAAGAAACCAGGUAAGUGUUACAUUAUCCCCUUACGCUAAUUAACCCAUUAUGGUUAGACUUUGUCUAAUGGUACAUGGAUGUAUUAAAAUGUAUCAUGCUUUGUGUUUCCCUUAGAGCAGGUUGUGGCACUAGAUGCACAGAACAUUGUGGCUGUGUCAUGUGGGGAGGCCCAUACACUCGCGCUGAAUGACAAAGGACAAGUGUUUGCAUGGGGCUUGGCCACAGAUGGACAGCUGGGCCUUACGAACUUCGAAGAAUGUGUACGUGUGCCCAGGUGAAUAAAAUAAUACUUCAAGUCCUCAGGAAGUUAAAACAUAAUACUGUUCAUAAAUGAUAUGCAGACAGCUCAACGUGUAUGAACAUGACCCCAUUUGUACCGAUACACUAGGGCAGGGUUUCCCAAACUCGGUCACUAAUUAGUAAGGAACUCCCCUCACCUGGUGUCUAGGUCUUAAUUAAAAGGAAAAACCAAAAACCUGCCCUUGUGGAAUGAGUUUGACACCUCUACUUUAGGGCGAGAGCUGUGCUUGGUUCUUCUCUGAAGAAACGAAUUAAACAUUCAAAGCAGCAUGCAGGCAAAGCAUGUUUUGCCAAAUGGCAUCACAACGUUCAUAUUUACACCAUCUGUUGUCUAUGUUGUGAAUUUUGCAUUAAUGUGGUAUUUCAAGAAUUUGAUCUGUGAAGUGCCUAACAUUUGAUUUGACAACAGCAUAACGUUUACUUUACUUGAAUGGACUGUUUUUUUUUUUUUUCCCCCUCAGAAACAUCAAGAGUUUAUCAGAUGUACAAAUUGCUCAGAUAGCCUGUGGAUAUCGGCACUCCCAUGCUCUGUCUAGAGGUAAGGGGUGCAUUCAAAUAGUCAUUUUAAGGCAAAGGGAAUUUCCUAAUGCCUUUGGUGACUUGGAAGGUUUUGAUGGGUAAUCUGAGGGCUACCGAUCUCGUCUUUGAGCAGUCCCAGACGUCCCGAUAUUUUCAAACGUUUCAUUUUAUCGGCACAAAAUCUGCAAUACUCUUGCAGUGUGAGAUGUGCAACGACAUGUUUUGAUGAUCAGCAAUAGCCAAUGAGAGCUCGCCAGAGAAGAAGCCAGUGAGAUGACGUUGUUUUGCAUCACCCAGAAUGUGUAGACUCUCGAGCAGGAGUGAUGACUAGGCCUUCUACUAGUAUGCGUUUGUGCUUGCCAAAGUGUCAAAUCGUUACAGCUCUGACGUUCACAAGCAAUGUUAUUCAAUUCAAAAUGUUGGCAAGAUACAGUAUUUCAACUCUGUAUGGCAAGGGUGAAUGUCUGACUGAAACCGUUUGAGGCUGCUUUGAGCUACAGCUCGUUAUAGCUACGUAAAAUUGAAUCGCAUUGUUUUUGCGAGACAGCGUGGUAUCGAGAAUCCUCACGACCAAGUGAAGAAUCUUGUAGUGUCUGUGCCACAUCGUUUAGUGUGAGCAACACUACAGGAAAUAUUGUGGUUUAAUGUGAGAUGCUCAGUGAUUUUAUGAUUUUGAAGGUAGUGUACACCCGGCUUUAGUGACUUUCCCUCCUUACCUUGAACUCUGUGACGUUUUCAAACGAGGUCAAGGUAAAGUCACUAGGAAAGGAAAAAGGCUACAUCUCAGAAACAAUCCAAAUGCACCCAAGGACUUCAAACACAACUAACUUGAAUUGCCCCCUGGGGAUAAUAGACUAAUCCAGAUUAUGCAUUCGCUUUCUGUCUGAUUUUAUUUUACUUAAAACAAACAGGGAAUUUGCAGAACGAUUUGCUUAAUUUGGUUUCCCAUCUUAUAUUAAAUACUACGAAUGUGGUCCCUUGUUUAGGAGGCCAAGUCUAUUCAUGGGGACAAAACCGAUACGGACAACUAGGGCUGGGAGUAGCUGGACAAGGCAUCGCUACUCCCCAAGUCAUCCAGUCUUUACAGGGGAUUCCCUUCGCCCAGAUCUCAGCAGGGGGUGCUCACAGCUUUGCCCUCACCCUCUCAGGGGCCGUCUUUGGCUGGGGGCGCAACAAGUUUGGGCAACUGGGCCUCAAUGACAACAAUGGUAAGACUGACUAAGCAACGUUCCUGUGAAUCACCAUUAAUCUGUUUUGAAAAAAGCCAGAAGAACCUUUUCAAAUUAAAUUGAUUAAACAAAGUAAUCUUUCAGAUCGAUAUUAUCCAGCCCUGCUCAAGUCCCUUAGGUCACAGAGGGUUAUCUACAUCUGCUGUGGGGAGGACCACACUGCCGCACUUACAAAGGUAACUUCCUCUUUCACAGUGACUCUAAUUGAGGUAAUAGCUGUAUGUAGUAGUAUACUCUAAGUAUAACUAUACUUACAGUGCCUUCAGAAAGUAUGCAUACCCCUUGACUUAUUCCACAUUUUGUUAUAGCCUGAAUUCAAAAUGGAUUAUGUAGUUUUUUUCUCUCACCCAUCUAGACAAUACCCCAUAAUGACAAAGUGAAAACAUGUUUUUAUAAAGUUUUGCACAUUUAUUGAAAAUGAAAUACAGAAAUAUUUAAUUUACAUACAGUACCAGUCAAAGGUUUGGACACACCUACUCAUUCAAGGGUUUUUCUUUAUGUUGACUAUUUUCUACAUUGUAGAAUAAUAGUGAAGACAUCAAAACUAUGAAAUUACACAUAUGGAAUCAUGUAGUAACCAAAAAAGUGUUAAACAAAUCAAAAUAUAUUUUAGAUUUGAGAUUCUUCAAAGUAGCCACCUUUUGCCUUGAUGACAGCUUUGCACACUUUUGGCAUUCUCUCAACCAGCUUCAUGAGGUAGUCACCUGGAAUGCAUUUCAGUUAACAGGCGUGCCUUCUUAAAAGUUAAUUUGUGAAAUUUUAUUUUAUUUUUGCUGCAAUUUCUGAGGCUGGUAACUCUAAUGAACUGAUCCUCUGCAGCAGAGGUAAUUCUGGGUUUUCCUCUACUGUGGCGGUCCUCAUGAGAGCCAGUUUCAUCAUAGCGCUUGAUGGUUUUUGCGAAUGCACUUGAAGAAACUUUCAAAGUUCUUGACAUUUUCCACAUUGACUGACUUUCAAGUCUUAAAGUAAUGAUGGACUGUCGUUUCUCUUUGCUUAUUUGAGCUGUUCAUGACAUAAUAUGGACUCAGUCUUUUACCAAAUAGGUCUAUCUUCUGUAUACCACCCCUACCUUGUCACAACACAACUGAUUGGCUCAAACGCAUUAAGAAGGAAAGAAAUUCCACAAAUUAACUUUUAAGCAGGCACACCUGUUAACUGAAAUGCGUUCCAGGUGACUACCUCAUGAAGCUGGUUGAGAGAAUGCCAAGAGUGUGCAAAGCUGUCAUCAAGUAAAAGGGUGGCUACUUUGAAGAAUCUGAAAUAUAAAAUGUGUUUUGAUUUGUUUAACACUUUUUUGGUUACUACAUGAUUCCAUAUUGUUUUGACGUCUUCACUAUUAUUCUACAUCGUAGAAAAUAGUAAAAAUAAAAACCCUGGAAUGAGUAGGUGUGUCCAAACUUUUGACUGGUACUGUAUGUAUUCACACCCCUUUGCUAUGACACUCCAAAUUGAGCUCAUGAUUUAGAAAGAAACACACAGUUGACAGUGCAUGUCAGAGCAGAAACUUUACCAUGAAGUCCAAGGAACUGUCCGUAGAUAUCCGAGAUAGAAUUGUGAUGAGGCAUACACUGAGUGUACAAAACAUUAGGAAUACCUUCCUAAUAUUGAGUUGCACCCUCUUUUGCCCUCAGAAAAGCCUCAAUUCAUCAGGGCAUGGACUUCACAAGGUGUCACGUGUUCCACAGGGAUGCUGGCCCAUGUUGACUCCAAUGCUUCCCACAGUUGUGUCAAGUUGGCCGGAUGGCCUUUGGGUGGUGGACCAUUCUUGAUACACAUGGGAAACUGUUGAGCGUGAAAAACCCAGCAGCGUUGCCGUUCUUGACAACACUCAAACCAGUGCGCCUGGCACCUACUACUAUACGCCGUUCAAAGACACUUCAAUCUUUUGUCUUGCCCAUUCAACCGCUGAAUGACACACAUACACAAUCCAUUUCUCAAUUGUCUCGAGGGUUAAACAUCUUUCUUUAACCUGUCUCCUCCCCUUCAUCUCUGAUUUAAGUGGAUUAACAAGUGACAUAAAUAAGGGAUCGUAGCUUUCACCUGGUCAGUCUGUCAUGGAAUGAGCAGGUGUUCCAAAUAUCUGGGGAAGGGUAUAAAACCAUUUCUAGAGUGUUUAAAGUUUCCAAGAGCACACUGGUCUCCAUCAUUGGGAAAUGGAAAAAAUAUGGAACUACCCAGACUCUCUCUAGAUGUGACCAAGAACCCAAUGACAACUCUGACAGAACUACAGAGUUCGUUGGCUGGGAUGGGAUAACCUGCCAGAAGAAUCUACAGCACUUCACCAAUCUGAGCUUAAUGAGAGAGUGGCCUGAUGGAAGCCACUCCUUAGAAAAAGGCACAUGACAGCAUGCCUGUAGUUUGCAAAAAGGCACGUGAAAGACAGAGAGCGUAAGGCAAAAUAUUCUGUGGUCUGAUGAGACAAAAAUGUAACUCUUUGGCCUGAAUGCAAAGCGCUAUGUCUGGAGAAACCCAGGAACAGCUCAUCACCCGUCUAACACCAUCCCUACCAUGAAGCAUGGGGGUAGCAGCAUCAUGCUAUGAGGAUGCUUUUCAGCGGCAGGGACUGGGAGACUGGAAGGAUAGAGGGAACAAUGAAUGGAGCCAAAUACAGGCAAAUCCUUGAUGAGAACCUGCUUCAGAGUGCAAAUGACCUUUGACUAGGGCAAAGAUUAUGUUCCAACAGGACAAUGACCCCAAGCAUACAGCCAAAGCAACGCUGGAAUGGCUUUAGAACAAGAAUGUCCCUGAGUUGCCCAGCCAAAGCCCAGACUUGAAUCCCAUUCAAUCUGUGGAAAGACUUGAAGAUUGCUGUUCACUGACACUCCCUAUCUAACUUAACAGAGCUUGAGAAAAUCUUCAUGGAAGAAAAUUCCCAAAUCCAGAUGUGCAAAGCUGAUACAGACACAUCCAAGACGACUCAAACCUGUAAUCGCCGCCAAAGGUGCUUUUACAAAGUGUUGACUUGGGUGUGAAUACUUAUGUAAAUGAUAUAUAUUUCUGUAUUUAAUUUUCAAUUACUUGGCAAAAAGGUCUAAAAACAUGUUUUCACUUUGUCGUUAUGGGGUAUUGUGUGUAGAUGGGUGAGAGAAAAACAAUUAAAUCAAUUUAGAAUUCAGGCUGAAACACAACAAAGUGGAAUAAGUAGAGGGGUAUGAAUACUUUCUGAAGGCACUGUACAUUGUUAUUUAAUCUAUACUGAACAAAGAUAUAAACACAACAUGCAACAAUUUCAAAGAUUUUACUGAGUUACAGAUCAUAUAAGGAAAUCAGUCAAUUGAAAUAAAUUCAAUAGGCCCUAAUCUAUGGAUUUCACAUGACUGGGAAUACAGAUAUGCAUCUGUUGGUCAUAGAUACACUAUCUAUACAAAAGGAUGUGGAUACCCCUUCAAAUUAGUGAAUUCAGCUAUUUCAGCCACACCCGUUGCUAACAGGUGUAUAAAAUCGAGCACACAGCCAUGCAAUCUCCAUAGACAAACAUUGGCAUUAGAAUGACCUUACUGAAGAGCUCAGUGACUUUCAACAUGGCACCGUCAUAGGAUGCCACCUUUCCAACAAGUCAGUUCGUCAAAUUUCUGCCCUGCUAGAGCUGCCCCGGUCAACUGUAAGUGCUGUUAUUGUGAAGUGGAAACGUCUAGGAGCAACAACAGCUCAGCCGUGAAGUGGUAGGCCAUACAAGCUCACAGAACGGGACCGCGAGUGCUGAAGCGCGUAGCGCUUAAAAAUCAUCUGUCCUCGUUUGCAACACUCGCUACGGAGUUCCAAACUGCCUCUGGAAGCAAUGUCAGCACAAUAACUGUUCGUCGGGAGCUUCAUGAAAUGGGUUUCCAUGGCCGAGCAGCCACACACAAGCCUAAGAUCACCAUGCGCAAUGCCAAGCGUCGGCUGGAAUGGUGUAAAGCUCAGCGCCAUUGGACUGUGGAGCAGUGAGCCUUUUCUGGAGUGAUGAAUCACGCUUCACCAUCUGGCAGUCCGAGGGACGAAUCUGGGUUUGGUGGAUGCCAGGAGAACGCUACCUGCCCGAAUGCAUAGUGCCAACUGUAAAGUUUGGUGAAGGAGGAAGGCCUAAUCGUCUAACGUCAGUGCCCGACCUCACUAAUGCUCUUGUGGCUGAAUGGAAGCAAGUCCCUGCAGCAAUGUUCCAACAUCUAGUGGAAAGCCUUACCAGAAGAGUGGAGGCUGUUAUAGCAGCAAAGGGGGGACCAACUCCAUAUUAAUGCCCAUGAUUUUGGAAUGAGAUGUUCGACCAGCAAGUGUCCACAUACUUUUUGUCAUGUAGUGUACCUUAAAAAAAGGUAGGGCCGUGGAUCAGAAAACCAGUCAGUAUCUGGUAUGACCACCAUUUGCCUCAUGCAGUGCGACCCAUCUCCUUCUCAUAGAGUUGAUCAGGCUGUUGAUUGUGGCAUGUGAAAUGUUGUCUCACUCCUCUUCAAUGGCUGUGCGAAGUUGCUGGAUGUUGGCGGGAACUGGAACACUGUCGUACACGUCAAUCCAGAGCAUCCCAAACAUGCUCAAUGUAUGAGUAUGCAGGCCAUGGAAGAACUGGGACAUUUUCAGCUUCCAGGAAUUGUGUACAGAUCCUUGUGACAUGGGGCAGUGCAUUAUCAUGCUGAAACAUGAUGUGAUGGUGGCGGAUGAAUGGCACGACAAUGGGCCUCAGGAUCUCUUCACGGUAUCUCUGUGCAUUCAAAUUGCCAUAGAUAAAAUGUAAUUGUGUUCGUUGUCCGUAGCAUAUGCCUGCCCAUACCAUAACCCCACCGCCAGCACAGUACACUCUGUUCACAACGUUGACAUCAGCAAACCGCUCACCCACAUGACGCCAUACAUGUGGUCUGCUGUUGUGUGGCUGGUUAGACGUACUGCCAAAUUCUCUAAAACAAUGUUGGAGGCAGCUUAUUGUGGAGAAAUUAACAUUAAAUGCUCUGGGAUCAGCUCUGGUGGACAUUCCUGCAGUCAGCAUGCCAACUGCACGCUCCUUCAAUUUGUGUUGUGUGACAACUGCACAUUUCAGAGUGGCCUUUUAUUGUCCCCAGCACAAGGUGCAUGUGUGUAAUGAUCAUGCUGUUUAAUCAGCUUCUUGAUAUGCCACACCUGUCAGGUGGAUGGAUUAUCUUGGCAAAGGAGAAAUGCUCACUGACAGGGACGUAAACAAAUGUGUGCGCAAAAUGUUAAAAGUGUUUUUUGUGCAUAUUGGAAAAUUUCUGGGAUCUUUUAAUUCAGCUCAUGAAACAUAGGACCAACACUUUACAUGUUGCGUUUGUAUUUUUGUUUAGUAUACGUUCUGAAACCCCUUUCACCUCUAAGAUUUUGUUUUGUUUCUUUCGUAGGAAGGAGGUGUGUUUACAUUUGGAGCAGGAGGGUAUGGCCAGCUUGGACAUAACACUACAAACCAUGAGAUCAACCCCAGGAAGGUGUUUGAGCUCAUGGGAAAUGUAGUCACACAGAUAUCCUGUGGAAGGUACAGCACACUGUCUGCUGCGCAAUCUCUGCUUUCAAAUGUGGCACUGGUCUGUUUUAGAAUACACAAAGCAGAUUCACCUUCAAGUCUAUAGUCUCCAGAAUUAUUUUGAAAAUCAUGUGUAGCUUGAGGAAAAUACAUGUAUCUGAAACCCACAGUGUCAGGGGGAGACAAGUAUUUGGGCUGACAUUUCAAAGUUCCUAAAACACUUAACAUCAUUGAAAACAGUAUCUUGAGACGCUUGAGAAACAUUUGUUAUAUUUUGUAUAUCCUUUCAAGACAGCACACUUUGGCCUUCAUCCCCGCCUCUGGAAAGAUGGAUUCAUUUGGGCUUGGAGGGAACGGGCAGCUCGGUACACGCUCCACAUCCAACAGGAACAGCCCUGCCCCAGUCAAAGGCCCCUGGGUGGCCUACAACGGCCCCUGGCCCACAAACACAGGUUACUACAGCCCCCCUCAGACAGGUUCCACAGGUAAACUCAAAUUUCUGCAUCAUCUUUGAUUAGCAAGACUGACCAUAACUUUAUAUUCCAGACAUGGAGCAGGGCUGCUGUGUUAAGAGGAUCUAUGCUGGAGGAGACCAGAGCUUUGCCCACUAUCACACUCCCCAGGUAAUUUUCACACCCCAUCAGCCCUAAUUUAUCGGAGUCCUCAUAACUAAGAUUCUGGGCUAACAAAUGUUCAAUUGAUAUUUAUUUUUCAUGAGAGAAAUUAAUACCUGAAGUGUUACCUAUCCUAUUUGGGGAUUUUGGUGAUACAGUUGUAAACAUGUCAGGAAAAAGACUAACUUCACAUGCUGGAAACCGUCAGAAUGCUUACCGUUUACAUGUUCAUGAUAGUGAAAUGCUUUACUUUGUGAUUUUUAAGUAGUAUUUAAUACAAUAAUUUCUUCUCCUAGAACCCCCUGGUGCCUGACGACGUCAGAAUACCAGAUCCCAGAAGACACAUAUGCACCUUAUCUGCUGGUCUUACUCAGAGAUGGCUGAGCCAUUAUACACACGGAAGACUCCCACAAGAGAUUUCCAAGUAAAAUCCUCACUUCUCAAAACACGCUCAUAAAAUAUCAUUAGCAAUAGUAUGGAUGAACAGUGCUUGUUCUAUUUGAUUGUCACAGCUAGAUUGUGUAUCUGCAUGAGACUGUGAACACUAAUUGUUUUUCUUUUACUUUUCUUGUAGCGAAAUUGAUCUUGUGUUUUCCUCUGCAAGUUGCCUCAAUGGAAGUUUUCUGGCUGAGAGGUAAAAUCAAUUAUACUCUACUUGGAAAUGUUACUGAAAGUCUUGAAAUAAUACAUUUUAAUAUAAAAAAAAUUCUUACGAUUUUUGGUGUCAACAUUUACUGUAUGAAUUAAAGCAUUUGAAAUGUUCUAUUAUCAUUGUGAUAAAUGUUUUACUAAAGCGAAUCUGUCUGUUUUGUGUAGCCAUCCAGAUCACUACAACACGAGCAGUAAAUGCUCAGGGGUGGAUAUGAACAUGGCUCGCCUCUUGUUUCACAGAGUCGUUCAACCUGACUAUCCAGAAAUUGCACAGCAGGUGACAGUAAUUCGAUUUUGAAGUAUGGUUUACCAAAAUAUUAGUCCUCAUGUUAUGACAUUUGUUGAUGCCUGGCCUGUAGGGUAUUCAAAUUAGUGGUGCAAAUAAAGGGAGUCAGUAUAUUAGAUGUCUGUCUGGCUAAAAUGACAGUCAGUAUAUGUAUGUUUGCUACCCUUCUGUAUGAAUUAUUACAGCAUUAAAGCAUUCCUCCUUACCCUGUGUUCCCAUGUGUCAGAUUGCAGCCAGUCUGGAAAAGAACCUGAUUCCCAGACUUAGCAGCUCCCCUCCAGACAUCGAGGCUCUGAGACUCUACCUCACCCUGCCAGAGUGUCCUCUCUUCAGCGACCAAAACACAUACGUGACUCUGGCCAUCCCCUUUGCCAAGGCACUCAUCAGUCUGAAAGAGGCUCCGCUGAAAGUGCUUGGUAAGUAGCUAUGUUCUCUGUUCGGUGAACAUAGUGGAGCAGCAAACUGUUCAGAGAGAGAUUAAGUCUGGGUAUUUAAUUGACGUAUUAGCAUGUAGUGCAGGUUUUUGUAUUUUGAGUGCUGUUUAUUCAACAUAUUGAUUUCAAUUCAAAAGUGUUUUUAUAGAUUCUACUGUGGUCAGGUAAACCUCUUUUAGUUUAUUAGAUUCUUGCAUCCAGAUUGGCUCACAAGUCUCUUUGCUUUGCUGUGCUCUGUACUGAUCCAGGUAACUGGUGGGCUCAAUUCGAGGCCCCAGUCUUCCAGAGGCUAGUGGAGCUGUACAAGGCGGUGGUGGUGUACCUGCUCAGGAUGCACACGGUGGGAGUCCCCCACUCAGAGCAGAGGGUCUUCACCUGCUUCCUGGACACGACACUCAAGCUCCUGGAGAUCCUACAUGCUGUGAGUGUUCAUACACAAAUCACAAAUGCCUGAUUCACACUAUGGGGCUGAGCUGUAUAGCAUUAAUCAGGCAAUACUGUAGAAUAUCAGUCUUUCUCACAUUACUCCUAGUUAUAGAUGGAAAUAUUUCAUAUUGUUUUAAUCAUUUUUUAAAUAAUUUGUAACUUUUCAUUCAAAUGCCUUAGUUUUUUUUUAUUGAUCUCCUAGGUGAAUGAAAGAGCCGGACAUAUCAUACAAUACGACAAAUUCUACAUUAAAGAGUUGGAUGACCUGAUAGACAUCCGAAACGACUACCUCACAUGGAUUAAACAGCAGAUGUACUCUAUGGUGAGUCAAGCAACUUCAAAACAAUCCCUGAAUGCACAAUGUUAUUGAGAACCCAUGAAAUCUCGUCUUCUUUUACAAAUGCUGUCAUUUAAUAUCCUACCCUAAGCUAUUGCUUCUGUCCCCUCAGACUCACGACAGUGCUGUCACCCUCUGUAAGUACCCCUUUGUGUUUGAUGCCCAGGCAAAGACCACCCUGCUUCAGACUGAUGCUGUUAUACAAAUGCAGGUAAGGAUGACUGACUCAUUCGUUUUUACAUAUUGAACAAAAUAAUUGAUCGUGUGACAAUUUCCAUGAUUUAUCUUGUAAUUGCGCCAUGAUGGUUGAGCUCUGUCUCUUUUUUUGUUUGUUUGUUGUGAUGCUUGUUUGUUUAUAUUUUCAAGUGCCUUGAGAUUUUUCUGUAUAAUGUAAAGCGCUAUAGAGGUUGAAUCGAUUAUAAUUAUUUCUGGUGUCAUUAGAUGGCAGUGGACCAGGCGCAGCGGCAGAACUUCAGCUCCAUGUUCCAUCCCGUGGUAGAAUCUGUGAACCCCUGCCUCAUCCUCAUUGUAAGGAGGGAGAACAUCGUCGGGGACACCAUGGAGGUCCUCAGGAAGUCCAAGAACGUCGACUACAAGAAACCUCUGAAGGUUUGCCUGUUUACCCUCUGCCAUCACACCUGGGUUGUAUUCAUUAGGACAAGCUAUAGCGAAACACACAUUAGCAUUUCUUAUCUUAUCCUGAAGUCCCCCCGUUUUCUUCCGUUGCCUAACACAACCCUGAAUUCGUCAGAUCAGACGGUUGAGACUGAUGUCCUGGAUGUACACUGGAGUUGAUGGUUGUGUUCUUGCUAUGCAGGUGAUCUUUGUUGGGGAAGAGGCGGUUGAUGCGGGGGGUGUGCGGAAGGAGUUCUUCCUUCUGAUCAUGAGAGAGCUUCUGGACCCCAAAUACGGGAUGUUCCGAUACUACGAGGAAUCCAGGCUGAUCUGGUUUGCAAACAAGGUACACAUUUCACUUUUGUUUCAUUCCAGUGAAUUGUGUGUUGUUGAAUACGCAUUGUUGGGUCAGUUCAGAAAACUCUCUAGCUUUAAGUUUAAACUUUGUCAAGGUAUUCACAAUAGUGUUGUCUUUUUGUGGUAUUCUGUUAAAUCUGAAGUACUGGUAUGCUUGGACACCAUCCUGGUUGCAUUUCUUACACUAUCCUCACUCUAUGGACCAUGUUCAUGUUCCUCUCAGACGUUUGAGGACAUUGACCUAUUCCACCUCAUCGGGGUCAUCUGUGGGCUGGCCAUCUACAACCUCACCAUUGUGGACCUUCACUUCCCAGUGGCCCUGUACAAGAAGCUGCUGAAGAGGAACCCCACGUUGGAUGAUCUUAAGGAGCUGAUGCCUGAUGUGGGGAGGUUAGCUCAGGGGUCAAGCACCUCAGGUUUCCCUUAAGCACUAAUGUGGAGGCACAGUCUGCUUAUUGCUUUAAUGGUGCAAUGAGCAAUAAAAUGUAAAUGGUUGUGGAAGUUUCUUGAGCAUCAGAGGAAAUGAGAAGGUUGACAUAACAUCUCAAAUGCAGCAAAUUGGAUCGUUUCAAAAAGGUUUCUUCCAAAUAUACACUGAGUAUACCAAACAUUAGGAACACCUUCCUAGGAUUGAGUUCCUAGGUUUGAGUUGAGUUGAGCAGGUGUCCUUAAUGUUUUGAAUACUCAGUGUAUAUCGGAAAGUAUUCAGACCCCUUGACUUUUUCCAAAUGUUGUUACGUUACAGCCUUAUUCUAAAAUUGAAUAAAUAAAAAUCCUCAUCAAUCUGCAUACAAUACCCAUAAUGACAAAGCCAAAACAGGUUUUUAGAUUAUUUAUUUUUUAGAAUGUAUUAAAAAAUAAAUAAAACAUACGCUAUGAGACUCAAUUGAGCUCAGGUGCAUCCUGUUUCCAUUGAUCAUCCUUGAUGUUUCUACAACUUGAUUGGAGUCCACAUAACAGCCCGCUUAGAGUUUGCCAAAAGGCACCUAAAAGACUCAGACCAUGAGAAACAAGAUUCUCUGGUUGAUGAAACGAAGAUUGAACUUUUUGGCCUGAAUGUCAAGCGUCACGUCUGGAGGAAACCUGGCACCAUUCCUACUGUGAAGCAUGGUGGUGGCAGCAUCAUGCUGUGGGGAUGUUUUUCAGCGGCAUGGACUGGGAGACUAGUCAGGAUCGAGGGAAAGAUGGAACAGAGCAAAGUACUGAGAGAUCCUUGAUGAAAACCUGCUCCAGAGCACUACCUUGUCACAACACAACUGAUUGGCUCAAACGCAUUAAGGAGGAAAUACAUUCCACAAAUGAACUUUUAAGGCACACCUGUUAAUCUUUUUUUAAAAAUUAUUAUUAUUAUUUUUUAGUCAUUUUGCAGACGCUUUUAUCCAGAGCGACUUACAGUUAGUGAGUGCAUACAUUUUUCACUUUACUUACUUUGCCCCCUGUGGGAUUGAAAUGCAUUCCAGGUGACUACCUCAUGAAGCUGGUUGAGAGAAUGCCAAGUGUGCAAAGCUGUCAUAAAGGCAAAUGGUAACUACUUUGAAGAAUCUAAAAAAUAAAAAAUAGAUUUUGAAUGUAACACUUUUGGUUACUACAUGAUUCCAUAUGUGUUAUUUCAUAGUUUUGAUGUCUUCAUUAUUAUUCUACAAUGUAGAAAAUAGUAAGAAAAUGAAAAAAAGAAAAAAAACCUUGAAUGAGGAGGUAUGUCCAACCUUUUGACUGGUACUAUACAUUUGCUAAAAAUUCUACAAACCUGUUUUUGCUUUGUCAUUAUAGGGUAUUGUGUGUAGCUUGAGGAGAAAAAACAAUCAAUUUUAGAAAAAGGCUGUAACGUAACAAAAUGUGGAAAACGUCAAGGGGUCUUUUAUACUUUCCAAAUGCACUGUGUAGUGUGGGCUGUAGUAUGAGCAAUUUUUGUUGUAAUUUUCCCUUUUUCACCAAAAACCAGGAAUCUGCAGCAGUUACUAGACUACACAGAGGAUGAUGUCGAAGACAUAUUCUGCUUGAACUUCACAGUAAGUGUCAACAUUUUACAUCAAUGUACUUUAUGUAGCUGAAUCUCUUGUCUAGAGAUGGCAAAGUGGUGAUAUGUGCAAGGCUUACUUGGAGAAGUCAAUGUUAUUUGUCCAACUUGUUUCAGGUUACAGUUGAAAACUUUGGUGCCACAGAGGUCUUGGAACUGGUUCCAAAUGGCAUGGAUAUCUGUGUUGACAACUCAAACAGGUACUUUUCCAGAGUAUUCCAGGGUCUUCUAAUUUAUCCUCUACUUCAUAACAAAGUCGGGCUGAAUGUUCAGUGGAUUGAUUUGAUUAGAAGUUUUUUAACAAAUGUAUAGUUGUGUAACAAAAUAGUGCUAAAUCCUAUGUCUUGUCUGAGUGUCUUAAACAUAUGCAGAGAGCAUCUGUAUGAGUGUCUGCUGAUGUGUUUCUAAAUGUUCUUUUUCGUGGUGUUCCCUCAGGCCUGAGUUUGUCUCUGCAUACGUGGACUACAUCUUCAAUACAUCAGUGGCCGCGCUUUUCGAGUCGUUUUCCGCAGGCUUCCACAAAGUGUGUGGUGGCAAAGUCCUGGAGCUGUUCCAGCCCAACGAACUGCAGGCCAUGGUCAUUGGCAACACCAACUACGAUUGGAAAGAGCUUGAAAAGGUACAGAGGUCCCCAUUAGCUUUAACGCUAUCAAUUGGUCUUGGAGUGGUACAGUAAUAUAAUUUUUGCUAUUUCACCAGAGCACUGAGUAUAAAGGAGAGUACUGGGCUGAAAAUCCAACCAUUAAGUUCUUCUGGGAGGUGUUCCACGAUCUCUCUUUGGAGAAGAAGAAGCUCUUUCUCUGUAAGGCUCUCUUUGAAAGCAUUCAGACUAUCAUAUCAGACUACAGUGCCUUGCAAAUGUAUUCAUCCCCCUUGGCAUUUUUCCUAUUUUGUUGCAUUACAACCUGUAAUUUAAAUUGAUUUUUAUUUGGAUUUCAUGUAAUGGACAUACACAAAAUAGUCCAAAUUGGUGAAGUGAAAUUAAAAAAAAUAACUUGUGGUGCGUGCGUAUGUAUUCACCCCCUUUGCUAUGAAGCCCCUAAAUAAGAUCUGGUGCAACCAAUUGCCUUCAGAAGUCACAUAAUUAGUUAGAUUGCGCACAGAUGGACUUUAUUUAAGUGUCACAUGAUCUGUAUAUACACCUGUUCUGAAAGGCCCCAGAGUCUGCAACACCACUAAGCAAGGGGCACCACCAAGCAAGCGGCACCAUGAAGACCAAGGAGCUCUCCAAACAGGUUAGGGACAAAGUUGUGGAGAAGUACAGAUCAGGGUUGGGUUAUACAAAAAUAUCGGAAACUUUGAACAUCCCAAGAGCACCAUUUUAAAUCCAUUAUAAAAAAAUGGAAAGAAUAUGGCACCACAACAAACCUGCCAAGAGAGGGCCGCCCACCAAAACUCACGGACCAGGCAAGGAGGGCAUUAAUCAGAGGCAACAAAGAGACCAAAGAUAACCCUGAAGGAGCUGCAAAGCUCCACAGCGGAGAUUAGAAUAUCAGUCCAUAGGACCACUUUAAGCCGUACACUCCACAGAGCUGGGCUUUACAGAAGAGUGGCCAGAAAAAAGCCAUUGCUUAAAGAAAAAAAAUAAGCAAACACGUUUGGUGUUCGCCAAAAGGCAUGUGGGAGACUCCCCAAAGAAGGUACUCUGGUCAGAUGAGACUAAAAUUGAGCUUUUUGGUAAUCAAGGAAAACGCUAUGUCAGGCGCAAACCCAACACCUCUCAUCACCCCGAGAACACCAUCCCCACAGUGAAGCAUGGUGGCAGCAUCAUGUUGUGGGGAUGUUUUUCAUUGGCAGGGACUGGGAAACUGGUCAGAAUUGAAGGAAUGAUGGAUGGCGCCUAAUACAGGGAAAUUCUUGAGGGAAACCUGUUUCAGUCUUCCAGAGAUUUGAGACUGGGACGGAGGUUGACCUUCCAGCAGGACAAUGACCCUAAGCAUACGGCUAAAGCAACACUCUAGUAGUGGGUUCGAUCCCCGGGACCACCCAUACACAAAAAUGUAUGCACGCAUGACUGUAAGUCGCUUUGGAUAAAAGCGUCUGCUAAAUGGCAUAUUAUUAUUAUUAUUAUUAUUAUUAUUAUUAUUAAGGGGAAACAUUCACAUGUCUUGGAAUGGCCUAGUCAAAGCCCAGACCUCAAUCCAAUUGAGAAUCUUGGUAUGACUUAAAGAUUGCUGUACACCAGCUGAACCAAUCCAACUUGAAGGAGCUGGAGCAGUUUUGCCUUGAAGAAUGGGACAAAAAUCCCAAUGGCUAGAUGUGCCAAGCUUAUAGAGACAUACCCCAAGAGACUUGCAGCUGUAAUUGCUGCAAAGGUGGCUCUACAAAGUAUUGACUUUGGGUGGGGGGGGUGAAUAGUUAUGCAUGCUCAAGUUUUCUGUUUUUUUGUCUUUCUUGUUUGUGUCGCACACAAAAAUAUUUUGCAUCUUCAAAGUGGUAGGCAUGUUGUGUAAAUCAAAUGAUACAAACACCCAAAAAAUCAAUUUUAAUUCCAGGUUGUAAGGCAACAAAAUGGGAAGAAUUCCAAGGGGGGUGAAUACUUUCGCAAGCCACUGUAUGUCAUGUCACUAUGCCAUGCUAGUAGGGGCUAUUUACUGCUUAAAUGUGAAUGCUUUUGGUUUUGAACACCUUGGCACUGAAGUAAUGUGUAUUGUAUUUUCAGUGUUUCUCACAGGAAGUGACCGCAUUCCCAUCCUGGGCAUGAAAAGCCUGAAGCUGGUGAUCCAGCCCACGGGAGGUGGGGAACACUACCUGCCCGUCGCACACACCUGCUUCAACCUAUUGGACCUGCCCAAGUACAGCAGCCGGGAGACGCUUCAAAACAAGCUUCUCCAAGCCAUAGAUCACAAUCAA